ACAACUACACUAGCUUACUUUCUCUUCCCAUACAAUGGCCAGUGUUCAGGAUGCAGACGUUCCAAAAACGUUGAAAGAAACUGAAACAACCGAGAAGGAGGUAAAGACAACAAUCCCAGAAAAACCAGACAUGGAGGUUCCAGCCCCCGAAGCAGCAUCAACCGAACAAUCAAAGGAAGAAGAAGAAUCGAAAGAAGCAAAAAAUGCUGCUGCUGCUGUCACUGUUAUUGUUGAGACAACGGAGGAAGUGGUGAUAGAGAAGAGAGAGGAAAAGGCCAGAGAAGUUAUAAUAGAAGAUCCAACUACAGCAGCCGAAGAUGAGAAGCUGAAUGGAAAAACUGAAGCUUAACUAGGCUUGCUUUGCUGCGCAAUUAAAGUCAAAUUAAGAAAGAAUUUUAUGUGUUCCAUCUAUUAAUUACUUUCACUUUCACCCUUGUUUCAUGGAAAAAUAAUUAUAUUUUUAUAUAAACUCAUGGUUUUUAUUA